AUGCAAGCACGCUCAUCUGCCGCAAGUCACACAUUGCAGCACUCUGUAACUGCAUGUCAGCGGUGUAGAGAUCAGAAAGUGAGCUAUUUCUCGUCUUUGCCUGAAUUAUCGUCAUAUGAUGCUGAACUCUUGAAUCAUUGUUUUAGGUCAAAUGUAGUCGGGAAUGUCCUGCAUGCGCCCGGUGUCAGCGGCUUCAAGCCGAUUGUACCUAUCCUACCCCCCCAGUUCGCCGCGGCCGGAGGUUGCGCCGCAGCACCCGAGGUCGGAUCCGCUCCUGGUGCUCAAGAGUCUACCGGCAACCUAAGUCAUCCGCCUAAUAAUUUGACGCCCCUUCAGCACCAUACGCCGCAUAAUGAAAGUGAUCUCGCUCAAACUCAGUACCAAGCGCGCGACGAAGCUGCUAGGUCAACCAGAGGUACCCCCCGCUCCGGAGGCCGAUCCAGCCAUCCUACAAAUGGUGUUGGUGUCGAAUCAAUCAAUGUUUCUUCCGAAUCAUACCCAACUCACCUGCAAAACACGAACUUGAUCAGAGAAGGCUUAGCUUCUGAUGUAGCUUGGCCACGUUUACCACCACGAGCCCUUGGGCUGGCCUUGCUGGACAUAUAUUAUACGCGAAUCUACAAUGCAUCUGUACUGUUCUGUAAACCUAUUCUUUUCCAGCAGUAUCUUGAUGGAAAGAUUCCCGAGGUCCUUCUCAAGGCUCUCUUUGCGUUAGCUACGCUGGCUAAAGUUCAACUUUUGGUCCGCGAUUGGACAUCCUCUAGCAUUACUCAGAAUCUUGAUUCGCUGCAAAGACUGUCGCAAUUGGCAAGGUCGAUAUUUGAGGACGAAAUGUCUAUCAGGGGUCUAGCAACCUCUCGAAGCGACCAGGGAACGGAGAAUACCCCCCUGGUGCUAUUUAUCAGUGCCCUUUACCACCAGUGCCAGAUCACUUUGCAUUCAAUAAUUGUUCCUUUGUUUUCUGGUACACACCAUGGGCCAACAAUAGACCCGGAAGUUGUGAAGCAAAGUGCCGAGACGGUUACACAACAUGCGGAGUUAUUCGAAGCUCUAUUAUCUCCUUACAUAUAUGGGCAAGGCGAUGUUACACUUCUACCGCCUUUCGUAGGAUAUGGUGCUUUCAUCAUAGGUGCUGUGUUCCUGGCUACUGAGGUCUCCUUUCAAGACAAAACAUCACGAAGGCCUGUCCCCGGAGCACAUUCAGAGAGUCGUAGAUUGUCGACUGUGAAAGGGACCCUUCACUUACUCAAUAAACUUCGAUUUUAUUGGAGGGCUCUGCAGCUUUCUUGGGAAAAGCUCGACGCUGCAUUGCAGCUACAUAUGUCUUGCCAUAGACCACAACGUGGAUCAGCCAGCCCACACGCUAUCAGAGCACCAGAACCUAACCCUUCAGAACCUAAAUCACAACUCUCUGACCAUGUACCAGAAGGCUCUGUGAACGACGAGCAGCCAAGCACUCACGAAGCAUCAGUACCAUCGAUAGGCCCUUCGGGCGAGCAUCUGCAUCCAUGGGCAACCAUGUCCGAUAACUGUAUCUUUGAACAAUCCGAUAUGGAGACCGCUGAUAUGUCUUUCACAACACCAUCUGGUGUAACUCAGGGCUACCCCUGGUAUAAUCUCUCUUUUGCGGAAGCUGGAAUUGAACAAUUCGCAGGCCUCGAGCCGUUACAUCUCUUUCAGCAGGGAUGUGGGUUUUUUAGCUGA